UUCCUGCCCAAAUAAAUCCCACCCAUGUACCCAAUAAACUCCAUUUCUCACGUCUCCUCAAUGCCAAGCCGAAGAACGAUUAUCUCUCUACUCGCCUUUACCCUCUUUCUCUCUCUAAAACCAUCUUACUCAAAACGUCUAUUCAGUAAUCUGGAGUCUUUAGAGGACCACGACAUAUGUGACCACAAAAACUUACCGGCGUCUCACGAUCUCCGGGGAGACCAAUUGACGCUUCUGAUCAGCGGAUUCUCGGAGACCCGGCUCCCCCUCAUCCGUCAGAUCGCCGCGGCAUACUCAUCACUGCCGUCCAUUUUUGAGAUCUUCAUCAUCUGGGGCAACACAUCCACACCGUCCGAUUUCUUCAGAUUCCAGAAUUUUGAAUCGCUAGGUGCCCCGAUCUCUGUCAUAAGGGACCCACACCUCAGCCUCAACCUCCGAUUCUCGCCACGUGGAAUUAUCCGCACUCGAGCUGUCGCCACGUGUGAUGACGACGUCCUAGUGGACCCUGCGUCCGUACAUCUGGCGUUUAGGGUGUGGCAGAGGAACCCCGAAAAAUUAGUGGGGUUUUUCGCGAGAUCUCACUCGUACGAUAUUUCGUCGAAAUCUUGGAUCUACACGGUGGACCCGGCGAAAUUUUCGAUGGUAUUGACGAAAUUUAUGAUUCUUUCGAUCGAGUACCUCUUCGAAUACAGCUGCAAAAUUCCGGCGAGGGCAAGGGGUGUGGUGGAUGAGUGGAGGAACUGUGAGGACAUUUUGAUGAAUUUUGUAGUUUCGUCGGGGGCAAGAUCGGGACCAAUUUUGGUGGAGGGCAAAGCCAGGGAUUGGGGCGAUGCGAGGAAUGAGGGUGGUGUAGGGAGAGAAGUGGGGUUGAGUAUGAGAAAUGUGGAGCAUAGAAAGAGGAGGGGGUUGUGUAUAGAGGAGUUUCAUAGGAUAUUGGGGAGGAUGCCCCUUAGAUAUAGUUAUGGGAGGGUGGUGGGUGGUGUAGGGGAGCAGGGGAUGUGCGAGAAAGGGGGCGACUUGGUAUUGUGUGAUCAGGAGUUGGGAGGAUGAUUGAGUGGAAUGGAAUUUUUUUGUUGUUUUGAUAUACUCCCUAAUCCUCCUGGCUUCAUGAUUUUACUUGCCUAAUUCUAUUUUGGUCGGGAAACUACUGCUCCUGCUCCUGCUCCUGCUGGUUAAUGGAAACGUUAGCUGUGUACCUUUACCACAAGGAGAUUAAAAAAAAUUUAACUUUUCAGCUAAUCAAUGACCUUCUUACAACCAUGUGGUUUUUGAAAUAUAAUGCGAUUAUUUGUUUUUAUUUUUUAAAAAAAUAUUAAACUUUGAAGCUGGUUAACGACGCACUUAUAACCCAUGUGGUUUUUUGUGACUACCUUGUACAAAAAACAAAUAAUCUCUUUACAAAUGUUUGUGUAUUUAUUUUUUAUACAAAUAAGUCAUAAUUAUUGUUGAUCGUUAGAUUUAAAAUCGAGUGGUUGAAGAUGAAUCAUUGUCUAGGCACAAAGUCCACAACAUUAUGUUCCGGUGAGUUUGGAUUAGGUCGACCACGACCCCCGAUCCGAAUUUUACUCCAGUCUACGCUUUAGACCCAGAUCUGACCCAUCGGGUCCAAAACUUAAACCCAAACCCAAACCCAUAUGCAAAUCUGGUCGACCCAGCUAGAUUACCAUCCCUACUUGAGUAAUCAAAGUAAAGCGUACCUCAAUAUAAAGUCUCAGUCUUUAUCAAAGAAAAACACACCUCCAAAUUUUGUUAAAAAAUAUACUUGUUGUCAAAAUAUAUAGUUGUG